UGAUCUUCUUGGCGUGGAUUUUAUUAAACAUUUUCAAUCAAUGCCAAUCCGUCGGAAUUACUGCCUAUGGAGAGGUAUUUUCCUGUCUAAACAAAGAGGACUUCCCUAGAUACUAUACGAGUAUGCAAGGGAUAAUUGGAGAAACCGUGUACGAAUUUAUUUGGUGUAAGGGCAGGAAAAUAAGUCACAAGGGAAUGGAGCAAUUGUAUCUACAAAGGGGCUGUGGAAAACCCAAUGGGCUUUUCUAUAAUAUAUACGGUGGUACUGAGGUACCACUAAUUUCGAGACCUUGGAUGGCAUUUAUUUAUACUCCUAAUGGACCUUGUCGCUGCGGUGGCACUCUUAUCACAGAACGCUAUGUAUUGACAGCUGCACAUUGUUAUGAGAUGUGUCCUGGUAAUAAUAACUUAAGAGUUCGACUGGGCGAACACAACAUUUUAACAACCGAAGAUUGCUAUUUAGGAGCGAGAAAAAAGGUCUGCUUCACCGCUGAGGACUAUGAAAUCGAAUCAGUGUUUGUACAUGAGGACUUUUCUUUUAGCGAACAGAUAAACGAUAUUGCUCUGGUCAGACUGAAGCAAGUAGUACAGUAUAAAGAACAUAUUCUACCGAUUUGCUUGCCGCUAAAUAAUGUCCUGGCCAGAAUCUCUCCAAUUACGAAAGUUCCAUACUUAGCAGCUGGUUGGGGACUUAAAGAUAUUUAUACAACAUCAGAUACUCUACGUGAAGUAACAUUAUUAAGUAAAAAAUGUCCGAAUUUGUAUGGAGACCCCAUUGAAAAUGCGAAAGGCUGCACUAAUGGAAAUGAAAAGGAUACUUGCAGGGGCGAUUCUGGAGGCCCUUUAAUUCGAGAAAGUGACUACUACGGCAGGAAGGUAUAUGUACAGUACGGAAUAGUCAGUCAUGGCAGUUCCUCAAGUUGUGGAUCUGAAACGGCUUAUUAUACACAGGUCGCUUACUAUAUACCCUGGAUAAUCGAGAAGCUGGAGAAAUUUCCCUCUUCAUAA